AUACGUGACUAGGGAAAUUACUCUCCAAACGAGUCAUAAAAGGAGCACGUGAUUUGCUCUUGCUCGAUCCAAUAAUCAAAGGGUGCACCGCCUCUACAUAUAUAAAUUCCCGAAUAGAUAAUUUCCGUAAUUGUUUCACCAUAAUUUUUCAUCACACUAAAUUCGCCGUCUUCUUCUUCUCAAAAAAUCGAAACCCUAGCAUUCAACAUCAGCUUCAUCAUCUUCUAUUCGAUUUCACAAACAUAAACAGAUGGCAGCUAAAAUACUGACAACUGAGACUAUUGCACUUACUGAGAAGAAAAUGGACAUGACAUUAGACGAUAUCAUCAAGAUGUCCAAGACAAACACAACCAAAACUAAGAAGCAAAGAGUUUCGAAUAGAAGCCAAAAGUUUUCUAAUAACCUGGCUCAGGAUAAAUCUGCUAAGAUACAAAGGUUUAUGGACACAAGAUCAUCUAUGAGACAGGGGGCUCUUGCUCAAAGAAGAUCAAAUUUUCAGGGAGACCAGUUUCCUUUGGCAACUGAGGCUGCCAGAAGGGCAGCAGUUGCUCCUAUUCGCAAUAGGGCUUUCAAUCGAAGCCAGGCAGUGAAUGUAAAUAAACAGAGGUUUGGGGCUCCUCCAGUUCAGAAGAGUGCUGCAAAUGGUGGCAGGUUUAUUGCUAAGCAACAAAAGCAGGAAGUCAAGCCAGUGUCAAAGCAGAGGCCUCAGACAUUAGAUUCUCUAUUUGCAAAUAUGAAGGAACAAAGGAUGAAAAUGCAAUCUCAGCAGAACAACAUGCCAAGGAGAAAUGGAGGUGGUCAGCAUGUAGCGCCAUGGGCUAGGGGUCGUUUUGGCAAGUGAGGAGGAGACCGGUGCUUAAGCUGUGCAUCCAUACGUCGUUGCAACAUAAUAUUUUAGGUUUGUGAAGAAGUGAUAGCAUGUUAUCUUUUCUGGAAGAAUGAUGAGACUCCCUUUGUUCUUUCCAUAUUAGAAACUUGUACAGCAUUUCUAAUUUUGGAGUCUGUUUAGAUGGACUAAUUUUUGGUUCUUUUAAGCAUGAUAGUUUUAAAGUUGGUCAAAUAAGAAAAUGUUGAAAAAAAAUUGUAUUC